AUGGCUAGCGGGACAGCGUCGAGCGUCGUCCGCGACUUCUUUCUCGCCCAAGAAGUCAUGUGGAUGCAGAUGGAUUUGCUCCCAUGUUACAUCAAGCUCCGGGUCUUUGGUCCUGGCUAUGACCAGCUCUUAGUCAACGAGAGGUUGCGAGCCGUGGACAGAAUCACCGAUGACAACAACUCAGCCACAAGAGGACCGUUGUUGAUAGCAUCUGCCACUUUAGAGGACGCGGUUGACUUGGUCCCGUCCGAUCCCGUCAAAGUGUCCACGGUAACCCCCGUGCAGGAACUCACAGCGACCGAGCUUGACGAAACCGCAAUAUCUGCUGAGUUCGUGCUUCCAGAAACUCAUAACAGCGCCACCGCGACACUCGCCAACGAUCGAAUCUUCCGGGCUUCUCAAGCUACUCCCGUGGAAGAUAUCAGUGAGCCCAGUCGCGGCAACGAUGCUGAGCCGGCGACGGAGACGGCGGGAGACAUUGCCAAGAAACUCAGCGCUUUCCAGCACUGCCCAGGCAUCACCAGCGAUGGUACGAAAUGCAGCCGCCGGAGGAUCAUGACGCCAGAGCGCAGCACGGAGAGAUGGUUCUGCUCCAAGGCCCAUCGCAGACAGUGGCAUGAUGGUGAGACCAUCACUAGGUAG